GCCCUCUGACUGCACCUCUGACCCUCGACAUCCAUUUUCUUUUCCAGCAUCACGUUCUCAGCUACUUGAAACGCUUUAAUCAAGGCAAGCCAUUCAGUUUGGAAACUGUUUAGUAUGAAAUAACAGUAAUCACACAAAAUGCAGAAUAUCCAUUCUUUUUGCCUCUCUCUCACCCUUUUUUCUCUCUCCUUUUGUCAUUGACCUUUGGACCCUAUCUCUGUCUGCAUAUUGACUGUUGGACUGCGAGUCACUUGAGCUCGCUGUCAAUACUUACCUGGUUUAGAAACCCUUAGAGCUGUGGUCAUCAAGCAGACACCAAAGUGGGGGUAAACAGAUGCGUGGUAGAAGAGAAUGAAGACAGAGAGGGAGAGAAGGAGAGCGAGCUGGAUAAUUGCAGAAUGCCACACUAGAUGACGGAUUGACGACCAGAUGAGCCUAUGGAUGCUCUCACAUCAACGAACACGAAAAAGCAGAGCGAUCACAACAUAAAUAGACAGAUUGCAGGAUGGAUGAAUUGAUAGAUCUUUUAGAGAAGGUCAAACUCCUGUACGCACACUCUCAAACCAUCGUGAAAAGAAGAGAAAUUGAUUGCAGCUCACAAAAGGGUUGAAAUGACCAAGAAAUUAUUUUUCUGGGCAAUGAACAUUGUGAGUGAGCGAGAGAGGCAGGAAAAAAAUGGGAAAACUGCCCAACCUCUUUGUAUGAAUGUCUCAAAAGUAACUACAGCCAUCUUCAGGUGUUGCCAGUACUCUUGGUAAAUGGCCACUAUACCAGACCUUGGCGGUUUUGGGUUCGAGGCGGAACAUUUACCUCAUUUGGAGUUUUUGCCUUGGAUGUAGCCUUCGCGUCUUGCCAAAAGGAGAUGGUCAUGAUGUCAUCAUUCCACCUGUCAAGAAUCUGUCAGGGUUGCCUUGGAGACAACUGGCACCCAUAGACUCCUAGUGCCCCAUGGCAUCAGCUUUCGAUUGUGGAUAUCAUAGUUCCUCGAUUGAUGGAUGCCUCCCAUCCACACUAUAGUAUAUUACCCUGCUGGGGUGACAAGAAACCACCCCCACACUCUCAUACUCCGAAUAAAGACAUCCAAAAAGAAUUAAUGCUUCUUUAAUCAUGACGUCUGUGUGCACCAAGCCGUUCAAACGGCACUCUGCUAAUGGACUGCUGAUGAAUAGACAAAGGGAACAACCAUCCACAGUGAGCAGAACAAAUAGGCCUCAAACACAAAUGGAGAUCGCAUCAACUACACUGCGCGCAGCGGAACAACUUUUGCUCUCCGAAUUGGAUCAGAUAAAUACCAUAGAUCUCAGCGCAUUUUACGGCCAGCAGCCACGGUGCCGGCUCCGGCCCUUGGUUUCCGUCUGAGACGAGGCCAUUCGGGAUCGCCGGUGUAGUGGAGGUAUGGACUGUAACUGUGUUAGUGACCUGCUGCUCACGCCACCUGUCCCAGCCCUCUGGACACCAGGCAUCGCUUUCCCUGACUGGGCCUAUAAGCCGGAGUCGAGCCCAGGCUCCAGGCAGAUCCAGCUGUGGCAUUUUAUCCUGGAACUGCUGCAGAAGGAGGAAUACCAGGGGGUGAUUGCCUGGCAGGGAGACUAUGGUGAAUUUGUGAUCAAAGACCCAGACGAGGUGGCAAGACUGUGGGGCAUUCGGAAGUGCAAACCUCACAUGAACUAUGACAAGCUCAGUCGAGCACUGAGGUAUUACUACAAUAAACGUAUUUUGCACAAAACUAAAGGCAAGCGCUUCACCUACAAAUUCAACUUCAGUAAGGUUGUUUUGGUGAAUUACCCGCUGUUGGACAUGGCCAGUUCUCCCUUCCUGCUGGCUCAGAACCACUUCAAUGGAGGGACCGCCACGCCAGACUGCAGCCCUGUCACUCCUGAGGCCCUUCAGUCUUUAUUCCCUCGUUUGCCUGAAUCGGGUCGAGGGCCCUCUUUGUUCGAGCGUGGUGCAGGGGCCCCGGGGCCUGAUGGGGACAAGCUGAGAUUAGACACUUUUCCUUUUCUUGGCUCAGGGGCUCCAUGUUACUCCAAACCUCCAUCCCUGUUGGGUCCUUAUCCGCGGAAUCCCUCUUUCGACUACCCCUGGGGCUUCAACCCUUAUCUCCCUGGGGCCUUUUCUCUGAACAACUGUCCCAAAUUGCCCCCGGGCUCCCUUUACUCCUCGCACUUCUACCCCAACCCACUGCAGUCCACCCUGUCUCAGCUACCACACCCCUUCUCUUCACUCUUACCCCCUGGAGACACAACCGGGGCAGAACGCACACAGACCGGAGGAACAAAUGGCUCAGCAGGUGGUCAGCCUCCCAGACUUUGCAUCCCACCAUACCCAGGGAGCCUGCCAGUGGGCCGGACAGAGCUGGGAAAUGGGGGUACAGGUUUGGGUGACCGGGAAAGAGGAGAGACCAACCCUGGCAUUCCCGUAGCAGGCGGUCUUGGCUUGGGCUUGGGUUUAGGCCUCGGCCUAGGUUUGGGAGGAGUUGGAGUGGGAGGCGGAGGAGGAGGUCGUCAGAGCCCUUCUGAGCGGAGAAAGAGUGUAAAGCAGGAUCCAGAAUCUGACUCGGAGCUGGAAAUCACAGACCUGAGCGACUGCAGCUCAGAGAAUGAAAACGAGCCGGACUUCGCUUUGGGGAAGGAGUCAGGGCUAGGUGCUCGCUCGCACCUUCUAGAAGCCAAAUCUGGGGGCCUAGGUGGAGGCUUGCCCCCUCUCUCUUCUCUUCCUCCACCUGUGUCUCCGCAUCCCCUUAAAAGCCUGGUGCCCCUAACUCCUCCACCUUCAUCCCAUCCUCCACCACUCUCUCCCUCACUCAGGCACAGGGAAACAGAGACACUUAAACUUGCUCACAGUUAAUAUGGUCUGUUGUGUGACUUUUGAUGUCUUGAAUGUUCUCUCUUUCUCUUUUUCUCUCUGCGUAUUCCUGCAUUUGUGAAAUAAUGCUGUAUAUUCCCAUUUUAUUUAAUUUUUCGGUUCUGGUGACUCCACUUAAAUCACAGCAUUUUCAGAUUAUGUUUAAAUAGGCUAAUCUAAAAACAUUCUCAUUCUUUGUUAAUAUAUAAAGACUAGUGAUUAUACUAUUUUUAUUCUAAGACAGCACAGUAAAGGAAUAUGCAUAUCUUUUAUUUAAAAACUUUUAAAUUGCACUGCAUUCUUGCCCUGAUGAGAUAGGCCGUAAAUUCUGCUUGGUGUACUUCACAGACCCUUUUAAAAGUUGUUAAUACAAAGCUCUGCAAUACAAUAUUCAGUUGAAGUGUGUAACACAAGCUUCAAUUUGAAGCUGAUUUAGGUGUGUUGCAAUAAAGCACUUAAUUGUGUUUCCAAUGGAUUCAGAUAAAUUUAUGGUCAAAUAUUGCCAUCUUGUGGUUAUAUAUAGAUAUAUAAGUGCUCCAUAGUUUCUGGAAAGAAACAUUUUAAUUUAAGAAAAACUAUUUAUUUAUUUAUUCAUUUAUUUGUAUUUAUUUAUUUAUUUAUUUAUUUAAUUGUGUUAACGUUUAUGUCCCAUCCAUGUUACAUGACUUUUUUUAAACUGUCAAAAACUUUAUAAGAAUGAGAGACAUACUCGUACGGCUCAUGUCAGUGAAUAUUUAAAGUUUGUAUCUAUUUCAUUGUAUAUAUUUUAUUAAUGUGUACAUUAUGUUUAAUUACUGUUGCUAUAUGGGAUAGCUGUAUUGGUGUCAUUUUACUCUGUACCUAAAUUAAGAGUGAUUUAUAAGACAAGGACAUUGAUAAGUAGCCUAAAUAUGUGUAGUGAUCCAAAGUUGACAGAGAAUGAGCACUGAUUUUAGUACAUUGCUCAUAAAGAUAGAGCUUAGACGGGGGGUGUGCAAAUGUUUAUCUGCUUUCUCUUCUCCCUGCCCUAUGAUUUUUUUUCCUCAGAAACUCACUAAAAUAUGAUCUUACUGGAUUUUUUUUCAACAAUUCGUUGACAUAAUAUAAUCACAUGCAAAUAAUAAUGAGCAAAACUGUACUUUCUUACACGUAAAUGUUUAUUAUGUUAAACAGGGAAGGAUAAAUAUCCUAUUUGAAUGUAAAGACAAUAAAUAGGAGCCCAAUGACACUUGUGGAUUAACUGUUUGAAACAAUUUAGGGACAGUGAAACAUGAGCUAGUCCAGAACAGGUUUGUUCUUUAGGGAUACGUAUAAAAAAGAGAUUUUACUAACCAGUGCCAACAAUAUUCUUCUGGGUCAUAAGUAAGUUCUUAUCUGAUUUUAGAUAAGAUGAGUUGUUAUAUAAUGGCUGGUCUGCUUUGUAGUCCCUGACUUGCCCGUACUAAAGGAGAUUGCAGCUGUACAUAGACUUUGUGUAUUUGUGUGUAGGCUACACACGCAAAAGAAAAAUGCCAUUUACCUUACAGUAAAGUUUUCUUUGUUUUAUUGUGAAAUUAAAA